CCACGUUUUCUUACUCUCGCGACGAAAUCGCACGAAAGAUCUUUAAAAAGCCCUAUUCAAAUACCGAAUUUCUAUCUCCUGCAACGAAAAGCUUCGAAUCUCCGAUUUUUUUUUUUUUGCAGAGAAUAGCUUCAAAUUUCCGCCAUUACUGCACAGAAAAGCUUCCAAUCCCGUUUUCUGGUGCUGAUUUUUCCUGUAUCUGAGAAAAACACGUUCAGAAACCUUAAUUUCUAUCUUUUGCGACAAAAAUCUUCGAAUUUUCGCCAUUACUGCACAGAAAAUCUUCGAAUCUUUCCUUUUUCCUGUGAUGACCGUUGAUUUGAGGCGUAAGAGAUGGUAGUUGGAGCAGAGGUUUGUCAUCAGAGCAUCUCGAUCUUGGAUGUUCCGUACAGAUGCAGCAUCGCGAAGGCGAGCGAUUUUCAGAAGAUCGAGGAGAUUGUCGGCGUCGAGACGCCUCGGUCGCCUGUUUUUCGUCAGAUUCGAGCUUCAGAUGCAGUUUCAGUCCAGAUCUCGGGGUCUCAUAUGGAUUUGAGAACCCCCGAUGCCACAUCAGAUAAUGACCUUGAAUCUGUAAAUCUCCAGUUCGUCCCAAGCAUUAGGUCCGGCAGCUUUGCUGACAUUGGGCACCGGAGAGCCAUGGAAGAUGAACACAUAAGGAUCAACGAUCUCUCCGCAUGCUUAGGCCCUCCAUUCAGGUUCCCUACGCCUAGUGCCUUUUUUGGGGUGUUUGACGGUCAUGGAGGCCCCGAUGCUGCUGCAUUCAUUAAAGAGAAUGCAAUUCGGUUAUUCUUUGAAAAUGCUGAUUUCCCGCAAGCAUUUCAUGCCGGUGAUGUUUUGUUAGAAGAGCUUGAGAAUUAUGUUCGUAGAGCAUUUCUUCUAGCAGACCUUGCCUUGGCUGAUGACGGCACCAUAAACAGCUCAUGUGGGACAACAGCACUCACUGCUCUGAUAUUGGGGAGGCUACUUCUGGUAGCUAAUGCAGGCGACUGCCGAGCAGUUCUCUGCCGGAAUGGCAAGGCGGUUGACAUGUCCCAAGAUCACAAGCCCAUGUAUGCAGCGGAGCGCAGAAGGGUUGAGGAGUCUGGCGGGUAUGUCGAAGACAUUUACCUCAAUGGUGUCCUGUCUGUCAGCCGAGCACUGGGUGACUGGGACAUGAAGCUCCCCCGUGGCUCCCUUUCACCACUCACCGCUGAGCCCGAAUUCCAGCAGGCUGUCCUCACCGAGGCCGACGAGUUCCUGAUAAUUGGCAGUGAUGGCAUUUGGGAUGUGAUGUCGAGCCAGCAUGCAGUGAGCGUGGUACGCAGGGGGCUGCGGCGGCACGAUGACCCAGAGCAGUGCGCAAGGGAUCUUGUCGUGGAGGCGUUGAGGCUCCACACUCUCGACAACCUCACUGUCAUCAUUGUCUGUUUCUCAGAUGCCAUGCGACGAGACAGCUCAGAGCUUCCGAGACUGAGGUGCUGCAGUCUCUCUGAAGAAGCUCUAUGUAGCCUGAGGAGGUUGCUGGAAGAUGGUGGCCGCUGAAUGUAAAAAUAAAAGAGAGCAACAAGCCCCCGUUUGGAUG